AUGAAUUCUAAUGUUUGUUGUGUUUAUGUUUGUGUCCACAGGUUUGAUUAUCAAGAGCUGCUACACAACUCCAGUUUUUGCCUUGUUCCUCGGGGCAGGCGGCUCGGGUCCUUCCGCUUUCUAGAGGCCCUGCAGGCGGCCUGUAUUCCUGUGCUGCUGAGUAACGGAUGGGAGCUGCCCUUCUCAGAGGUCAUUGACUGGAGUAAAGCUGCCAUCAUUGGAGAUGAAAGAUUAUUGCUGCAGGUUCCAUCUAUCACCCGGUCUGUGGGUUCAGACAGAAUCCUGGCACUGCGGCAGCAGACUCAGUUCCUGUGGGACGCCUACUUCUCCUCCGUCACAAAGAUAGUCUUAACCACAUUAGAGAUUAUCCAUGACAGGAUACAGACACACAUGUCCCGGAGCAGGCUGAUGUGGAAUUCUUUGCCUGGAGGACUCUACGCACUUCCUGAGUUCUCCAGUGACCUCACCCUCUUCCCCUUCUACUACUCAACACUCGGUAAGAGUCCGUCUCAGGAGUUUACAGCCGUCAUUCAAGCAGUCACACCUCUACAGUCCCAACAGCAGCCCAUAUUCAAACUGAUCCUUGCAGUUGCCAAGUCCAAGUUCUGUGCACAGAUUUUAGUGCUGUGGAACUGUGAGAAGCCUCCACCACCUAGAAACAAGUGGCCCUCCAUCACAACACCCUUCUCUAUCAUUGAGGGCAAAAGAAAGACAAUGAGUGGACGUUUUUUCCCUCAUCAAGCUAUCAUAACUGAUGCAGUUCUCAGCCUGGAUGAGGACUCGGUUCUGUCCACCAAUGAGGUGGAUUUCGCCUUCAUCGUUUGGCAAAGUUUUCCAGAUCGGAUUGUAGGCUAUCCAGCACGCAGCCAUUACUGGGACAGCGGGAAGGGGAGGUGGGGUUAUACCUCUAAAUGGACCAAUGAAUACUCCAUGGUGCUCACAGGAGCUGCGUUCUACCACAGGUAUUAUCAUCACCUGUACACAUACUACCUGCCGACGUCUCUGCUGUCAAUGGUGGACCAGUUGGCCAACUGUGAGGACAUCCUCAUGAAUUUCCUCAUCUCCGCAGUAACCAAACUCCCGCCAAUUAAAGUCACACAGAAAAAACAGUACAAGGAGACCAUGAUGCAGCAGGGCUCUAAGGCGUCUCGAUGGGCCGACCCAGACCACUUUGCACAGCGUCAGUCCUGCAUGAACUCUUUCACGAGCUGGUUUGGCUUCAUGCCUCUCCUUCACUCUCAGUUGCGUCUGGAUCCUGUCCUCUUCAAAGACCAGGUCUCUAUCCUACGCAAGAAAUACAGAGACAUUGAGAGGUUAUGAGGUGCGAAUCCCUCCCAAACUCUGCUGAACUCAUCCAAACAUCCCCUAACAUACCUGCAGUGUUCAGUUCACCUGGACUCAUUAGAGACCAGAUACAAACACAAUAUAUUCCAUCUACAGAAUAAAUUAUAACAAAAUAUGCAACACUGAAUGAUUUUAUCUGCGGCCGAAGGUUUCGUGGACCGGCUCCUUACGUGUUUGAAUUUGUUGUUGUCGUCGGUGUUGUUGUCUGCGAGGGCCGUAGCCGCUGCACAUGUAUGAACAGGAGGCAAAAGAGGCGUUUGAAUGGAUGAAAACAGCUCAAAAAGUCGCCUAUGCCUGCAAUAUGUAUAUUAAUUUCAAUUAUUUUUUUUAAGAAAUUCUUCUUUUUUUUUAAGACGUUUAAAAAAAAUAAAAUCUAUGAAUGCAAAGUGGG